AUGAAUGUUGUUAGUUUUGCUCGGGAUUUACCAUGGAUACAAUCGUUGUCUAAACCGAAUGACGAUCAACAUGUUGAUCGGCUGAAUCAUCGAUAUACCGUUGGUAUUAUAUUGGUAUUUGGUAUGAUUGUAACAGGAGGUCAUUUUAUGUCUAAUCGUGUUACAUGUUGGGUACCCGCACAAUUUAAGGGCUCUUACGCGGAAUAUACAAAUAACUAUUGUUGGAUAUCAAACACGUAUUACAUACAUGUUAAUAAUACAAUACCGGAUAGUGAAUAUGUUAGAGGAAAAGCGACUAUAGAGUAUUAUAAUGCGUUUCAAUUAUUUUUACAACACAAUUAG